AUGAAACGUUUAGAACGUUUAGGUAGUGUUGCUUUUUUUACAAUAACAGCAAGUUUAGUAUUCCAUUUACUUGGAAUGUCAUUUAAUAGAUGGAAAGUUAGUACAUGUCGUACAUGUGAUCCAAUGAAUCCAUUAUCAUCAUGGACAACAUCAAUACGUGAACGUUGUUAUGAUGCUGGAGUAGCAUCAAUUUUUUUAGCUAAUGAUCCAACAUCUCGUGUUUCUUCAAAUUCAUUUAUAACACAAGUUUGUAUUCCAAAUCAAUAUUUAAUGGUUGAAGAUCCAAUUGAAGCAUUAAAUUGUCUUAAAAAAGUUAAUAAACAACCUGAUUUAAUUUGUUUAUUUAAAUCUCGUGGAGAAAAUUGUAAAUGCGAUUAUACACCAAGAACAAAAGGAGUAUUGGCUAUGGCAAUUUUAGCAGCUUUUUCACUUGGAAUUUUAGUUUUUUUAACACAUUUAGUUACUUUUGUUAAGAUAGAUUAUGUAUUACGAUGGUUAAUUCCAGUUUCAUUUGCUCUUUUAAUAUUUUCAAUAACUUGUAUUGUCAUAGCAAUAAGUGUUUCAGGUGGAAAAUUAAAUGAAGAUGUAUAUCAUCUUCGAUCUCGUUGGUCUUCUAUGGAUCAUUUUUCUCAAAAUGAAACAGUUAAUCAAUAUUGGGAAACAACAUUUAACAAUUUAACAAAUGCAGAAUAUAAUAUUAGAGUUGGAUGGUGUUUUGGAAUGGAAAUAAUGGCACUUUAUUUUGCUCUUAUUUCAUUAGUUAUAUAUGCACUUAUGUUUUUUGCUAAAACACGACCUGAACAAAGAAAAAAAUAA